AUGGAGGACGCAAACGGCACCUUCGACCUCCCUCUCAACAACACCGACGAGGAGGAGGUGAAGCUGGGCUACCAAGUCAUCACCUCCGUCCUCCUCAGCGCGCUCAUCCUGUGCGCAAUCUUCGGCAACGCCUGCGUGGUGGCGGCCAUCGCGCUGGAGCGCUCCCUGCAGAACGUGGCCAACUACCUGAUCGGUUCCCUCGCCGUCACCGACCUGACGGUGUCGGUGCUGGUCCUGCCCAUGGCGGCGCUGUACCAGGUGCUGAACAGGUGGACCCUGGGCCAGAUCCCGUGCGACAUCUUCAUCUCGCUGGAUGUGCUUUGCUGCACCUCGUCCAUCCUGCACCUGUGCGCCAUCGCCUUGGACCGCUACUGGGCCAUCACGGAGCCCAUAGAGUACAUGAAGAAGAGGACGCCUCGGAGAGCCGCGGUUCUGAUCAGCGUCACUUGGUUGGUGGGGUUCUCCAUCUCCGUGCCGCCCAUGUUGAUUAUGCGCUCCACGGCGAACAGCUUGGAGGAAGACCGCAAGAACCCCAAACAGUGCAAGAUCCGACAAGACCUAUGGUACACUAUUUAUUCCACUUUUGGGGCUUUUUAUAUCCCAUUAAUGCUCAUGCUGGUUCUGUACGGGCGGAUAUUCAAAGCGGCGCGGUUCCGCAUCAGAAGAACCGUGCGUAAAAGCGAACCCAAGAAAGUGGCGCACUCCGGUUUGGCGUCGUCUUCCCCGGCGCUCUUCCACAAAAAGACUCCCAGGGAGGCGCAGAGUAAGAGCUGGAAGCGGAGCGUGGAGCCCCGGCCCAUGCCGUGCGUCAACGGCGCGGUCAAACACGAAGAUGGAGCGUCGCUGGAGAUCAUCGAGGUGCACAGCGGCCUGAGAGGCAACCUGCUGCCGGGGACGCCCAGCACCGUGCCGCUGUUCGAGAGCAGACACGAGAAAGCCACCGAGGCCAAGAGGAAGAUCGCGCUGGCCCGGGAGCGCAAGACGGUGAAGACGCUGGGCAUCAUCAUCGGGACCUUCAUCCUCUGCUGGCUGCCCUUCUUCAUCGUGGCCCUGGUCAUGCCCUUCUGCCAGGCGCGCUGCUUCAUGCCCCGCUGGCUGGCGGACGUCUUCAACUGGCUGGGCUACUCCAACUCCCUGCUCAACCCCAUCAUCUACGCCUACUUCAACAAGGACUUCCAGGGGGCUUUCAAGAAAAUCAUCAAGUGCCAUUUCUGCAGACCCUAGUUCACUUU